CGAAAAUGGUUUGAUAAUCGGGCGUCCGAUAUCAUCAAGCUUCAAGAUAACUUACAAUACGCUUUAACGCAUUUCUAGUUUGAUCCACCAAAGGCAUGAACAAAUGAUCAUUAGAAGUAGCUGAGAAUAAGACGAAAAAAACACUUUGCUUCCUUAGCAAGCAGUAAUCAAUUUGUUUUAUUCUGCAAGAAUGAAACCCACAAAAAUUAAAAAAAGAAUAAUGUAUUUAUUCUAAUUGGGUGAAACUUUUCGCCCUUAUUCUUUAGUUUCUAUUUUUAUGCUCAUUUUUUUCAUUAUCUAUUACUUACAAUAUGUAUUCAGCCGGUAAACCAAAUUUAAAACAAGAUUUAAUGUAUCAUUCCAAACAAUAUCAUUAAUGCAUGCUCAGUCACGAAUCGACAAGAUAAGAUUUUCAAAACAAUGACAGUGCACAACCAUAAUGAAUUGUAUAAUUUGAACCCAACGGUUAUCAAUUGGGUAAUACCGUUAUUCCGUGGAAGUCAUCGUUUAAAUAUAAGAUAACCAAUGAUAAGUACCAUGAAAAAGGUUUGACAUAAUCAAGAUUGUACCACCAGCAAGCAUCACUGGCACUCUAGAUGAUAACUUAAGGUCGUAUACCCUUAAUUAGGAGAUACCAAAAGCGUCCAGUAGUAAACACAAAUUGAUAACCAUUCUCUCAGCGUUCUAGAAUAUCUCGACCUGACAGCUGUAUGGUCUCAUACCAAUCCAUCAAACAGCGACUCAUCGCGGCAGCUUCCCUGUCAGCGAUAGCUACUAUAUAGAAAUCUCAGCUCGAAACUCUGCUGGGUGCCAUUGGUUCCCAUUCCCCUCGGGAUGCUAUGAAACAAACAAGAAGCUCUUGAAAUAGAGUAGGUUCCUUAGCACCAACCAGGAGUAGGAAGCAAACACAACGACCACACUACCAGCGUUGCUGUAGCAGUGUGUGUUAAGUGAUAAGCUAGGGUAACUCAUUAUAAAUUAAAACUCUCGCGGGUCGGUCGCAUACAGUGCCGGAUCGCGGCCACUAUCAGCAGCGUGCGGUUUCGGUUAGCAGUCAAUCAACAGCGUCAAAAGAAGUCAGCCCAUUAAAAGCCAGUACAUCAGAUCUAGUUAGAGCCAAGCAGAUUAGUGUUUUCUACAUGAACCAGUCCGUUUAACGAAGAUGAAAUCCCGGUGCCCGGUAUUACUGAUAGCCGUUGUUUGUGGACUAUUGUCCGCCGCAACGGCAAGCCCUGUACAUCACUCAAGGGCGCACCACGCUGGUAAAUCCAUUGGCUGUGGAUACGAGAACUGCCCAGCUGUUAAAGAGGGAAUGAUUAAUGUGCAUCUCGUGCCUCACAGUCACGAUGAUGUCGGUUGGUUGAAAACGGUCGAUCAAUACUACUAUGGAAGUCGCAACAAUAUUCAAAAGGCAGGCGUCCAGUACAUCCUCGAUUCGGUAGUGGAAGAGCUCCUGCACGACCCCAAUCGUCGCUUCGUCUACGUCGAGUCGGCCUUCAUGCACAGGUGGUAUAACGAGCAGACACCGAAAAUGCAGCAAACCGUUAAGAUGCUGGUCGACGAAGGCCGGCUCGAGUUUAUCGGUGGAGCGUGGAGCAUGAACGAUGAGGCAGCCGUACACUAUCAAAGUGUUGUGGAUCAGUUCACCUGGGGAUUGCGUUUCUUGAACGAUACGUUCGGAGAGUGCGGACGGCCCCGGAUCGGCUGGCAGAUCGAUCCGUUCGGACAUUCACGCGAACAGGCGUCACUGUUUGCACAGAUGGGCUUCGAUGGGUUGUUCUUUGCCCGGCUCGACUAUCAAGAUAAGAACAAUCGGAUGCAAACCAAAACGCCGGAAAUGGUGUGGCACACCAGUAGCAGCUUGUCGAACAGUGAUUUGUUCACGAGCGUACUCUAUAACCACUAUUCGGCACCACCGGGUUUCUGCUUUGAUGUGCUCUGUAACGAUGAUCCGCUAAUUGAUGAUUACGGAAGCACAGAUUACAAUGUUAAGGUUAAGAUUGACACGUUUAUCACUUGGUUGGAGAAGAUGGCCGAGUCUUAUCGCUCGAACAACCUCAUUCUUACCAUGGGCGAUGAUUUCAACUACAUGAACGCAGUGAUGAACUUCAAAAACAUGGACAAACUUAUUAAAUACACGAACGCGCGCCAAGCUGAAGGAUCGAAGAUUAAUGCACUGUAUUCAACGCCGUCUUGCUACGUGAAGGCCGUCCACGAAGCUAACAUUGAGUGGCCAACGAAAAGCGAUGACUUCUUCCCGUAUGAGUCCGAUUACCACUCCUUCUGGACAGGAUACUACACUUCCCGGCCAACCCAGAAGCGCUACGAACGUGAAGGAAACCAUUUCCUGCAGGUCUGUAAGCAGCUGUCGGCGAUCGCUCCGACAAAGGAAGCGUACUACGAGGAUCAUCUGACCGUGUUGCGUGAUGCGAUGGGAGUGAUGCAGCAUCACGAUGCCAUUACCGGGACCGAGAAACAACAUGUCGCUGACGAUUAUGCUCGCAUGUUGUACAAUGCAUUCGAGGCAUGCAGUGUCAAUACACGCUCGGCCCUCAAUCAACUGGCUGGUGAGAGGAACAGCUUCCAAUUCGAGUGGAACUACUGCAAAAACCAAAACAUCAGCGCUUGCGACAUAACGGAAGGUGCCGAUAGCAGUGUUGUGCUGUUGUACAAUCCUCUUGGGUACAGUUCCGAUAGCUUCGUGCGACUGCCAGUGCCCGAGGGAUCCUAUCUCGUGCGUAACGAUCGUGGACAAACGGUCCAAUCGACGUUGAUCCCGAUUCCAGCCUCUGUCAUCGAUCUGCCAUUCCGUGAGAGCUCUGCCACUCACGAGCUUGUAUUCCAUGCCGAGCAGAUCGCUCCCGUUGGCUACAGAUCGUACUAUGUUUCGAAGGAGAAGUCAUCAGUGUCGUCCAACACACCAAUGGCGGUCAGCCAGGAGGAUAACAUUAGCAUCGGCAACGAACAUCUGACCGUUCUGUUCGACGCUGAAGGAUUCAUGAGCUCGAUCGUCAUCGACGGAGAGACUCAUUCGCUCAAACAAAACUACUUCUGGUACCAAGGAGCAUACGGAAACAAUGAGGAGUUCCGUAACCGAUCAUCCGGAGCAUACAUCUUCCGACCGAAUGGCACAGAGAAGGCAAUCACCGAAACUGUCAAGGUGCAGGUCGUGAAAACCGAUCUCGUCCAGGAGGUGCACCAGGUGUUCAACGAGUGGAUUAGUCAAGUGAUUCGAGUCUAUCCGGGCAAGGAGCAUGUCGAGCUGGAAUGGCUUGUUGGACCCAUCCCGAUCGACGAUGGAACGGGCAAAGAAAUCAUUUCUCGUUUCGAUUCGGACAUCGCUUCGAAUGGAGCGUUCUGGACGGAUUCGAAUGGUCGCGAGAUGCUGCGCCGAGUACGGAACAAGCGUGAAACUUGGGAGCUAGAGCUGCAGGAACCGGUCUCAGGCAACUAUUAUCCCGUGACCGCCAAGAUCGCGAUUGAAGAUGAGCACUAUCGUAUGGCUCUCCUCAACGAUCGCGCCCAGGGUGGUUCUAGCUUGCAGGACGGACAGCUGGAGUUGAUGGUUCAUCGUAGGUUGCUCCGAGAUGAUGCAUUUGGAGUUGGAGAGGCUCUGAAUGAAACUCAGUUCGGGGCAGGACUAGUAGCACGAGGCAAACAUUGGCUUAUUUUCGGUUCCUCACGUAAGGAUGGUAGCCCUAAUUUGGUGGCCAAGGAACGAUUCCUGCAAAACCAAGUGCUACUCCCUAGCUGGACUUUCGUGAAUGCUGUUGCCGAUGAUUUCACUUACGAUGAGUACCUAAGCAGUUUCCGGAACAUUUACUCCGCUAUCGCGCAACAGUUGCCGCCAAAUGUAAACCUUCUCACGCUGGAACCGUGGAAGGAUGGAACCGUGCUGGUACGGUUCGAGCACCUGUUUGAACAAGGCGAAGAUCCAGUAUACUCGAAGCCAGUACAGUUUAACGUACGUAAUGUGCUGUUUGCUCUUAACAUCGAAAGUAUCCACGAGACAACGUUAGGUGCUAACCAGUGGAAGCAGGAUUCGAAACGUUUGCACUUUAGCUUUGAAUCAAAUGAAAUCGACCCAAAGAAACAGGUAGAACAGGUACGAUUUAUGCAAAGCAGCACUGAUUUCGACAUAGAACUGCAGCCCAUGGAGAUUAGGACUUUUGUUGUAAAGCGUCGUUAGGCAGGCCAAUUCUAUUUGCUUUGAAAUAGAUAUUUUAGUUGUUGAAUGCAUGAAAAUAAGACUAAUCACCCAUCGUUUUCUUUGUCAUUGGAAUUAAAUAAACAUUUAAUGAAGAACACGAAUGAAACAUGACCAAACUGCGUGAUCUUAUGCUUGGCACGGGUAAGGACAUAGUCACCAGAUGCGAUUAGUGUCGAAUAGAGGAGCGUAAAAAAGCGCAAUAAUAAAGCAUAAUU